CGAAUUUGUGGUAUAUUCUCAAUAUUCAAGCUGGAGGUUUAGAAAGAGAUGUUAACGUUGAACACUCCCUGACUUUAGACGUAGUAGUUAAAUAGAUGGUACUUUUGCAUGUUAUAAAUCAAAGAAAAGAAAAAUCGUCUGUUGAUAAACCAAUCUAUUCAGAGGGCGGUUAAGCCUCGCUACUAUAUGGAAUUACCCAAUUAGGAAUUACUCAUGAUACUUAUUCGAAUAAAGAAACGCAAGGAUCAAAGUGAACUCUUUCGAAUAAAUUUCGCAUAUAGUAUUGAUUUGUUUACUGCUGCAUGAUACAAAGUUUAAGUAGUAUCUGAAUUCAUUGAAAGGUGAUUGUUUACUUGUUACUUUUAAUAUGAAAAGGAAAAGAAACUUGAGAUACGUACUCAAGUAGGCGUGACGCUUAAAUGCGUAGACAGAACACUCAAAUCUCGAAAUACCAAUUUGAAACGUAUUAAACUUUAAACUGUUGCACCACAUAGCUUUUGUAAACAGUGAUUUGUGUGUUUUGGAUUUUUUCCCGUAACACAUAUAAGGAUGGGUGCUACCUUUUCCAUAGUGUUAAGUGUUAUUGGAGCUGUACUUGUAAUAGCGGUCAUUAUCGCUGUAAUAUGUUGCUGUAGACGGUCACCAGGACAGCGAGGUCAAGUCAACCAGCUUGGUAAUGCCCCGGAAAUGAUAGGGCCAAAUGUUCAGGUCAUAGCAAUGCCACCAUAUCAUACAUCAAUACCUCCGACAUAUUAUCCACAGACAGCCGUAUACAGUGGCGGGACCAAUCAACAAACCACAAAUGUACAUGGCACAUCGCCUAGCUUGAAUGGUCACACUCACAUCGCGCAUGCGCAGCUUAAAACCACAGAAUCCCCGCCAAAUUACGAGUCCCUGUCCUUUCAAUCUAACAAUACGUCAAACACAACGCAUGUUCCACAGCCAUCAUCAACUACUGAGCAUGAAGAUAACACAUACCAACCACUUGCUCACCGGGAGAACAGAACAGAUACAGAUUACACCCAAAUACCGUCGUCAAUCAACACUUAUUUAACUCUGACAAACGACGGAGGACAUUUGCAAAACAACGACAAUAAUAACAGGGACAAUUACGAAGUGACCGAAACAUCAACUGGAAGUUACCUAACAAUGACACAGGCUGAUAGCCAAGCAGAAGGCAGUGAACAUCCUGCCAGGGACAGUUAUUUAGUGCCCCAACCCUCAGGAGGAAGUUACCUGACGAUGCCGACAGCUAAUGAACAAGUGCAAAACAGCAUUGCUCCUGCCAAUGACAGUUACCUAGUGCCUCGACCAUCUAGUGACUCCCAAUAUGAAAGUAUAAACGACUACAGGUAUUCGUGUUCAUAGUGUGACUCUGGUGUUAUAAUAGUAACGUUCUUGAUAAAUGGCACUUAAAACAGAAAAAAAGGAAACCUAACAUUACAGUAACAUAGAACACACUGUAAUAUCACAUCUUGAGAUGUAAUUAAACUAUGAAUGUGACAUUUUUGAUGAUAAGUUUUCGAAUGGAGAAAAAACCUCUUAAAAUUCAUUCAUGGUCUGACGUUUCGCUUUGGACAUUUGUAAGGAAAUUAACAAACCAGUUCUGCCCACCCAAAUAAUCAACGGCCACAAGAAACAAUAAAACAGCUACACGACCAAACCGAUCAUUUCCAGGGGUAAGAAAGAGCAAGACAUGAACGGCACCCAGGAAAACAUCUAAAGUAGCAAGAAGAGCAAUACACGAACGGUACCCAGUCAAAUUUCUUCAAUAGCAAAAAAGCAAUACACAAACAGAACCCAAUAAAACACAUCAAGCAGCAAGAGCGACCAAACCAGUUACACCAAGCAAACAAUGUCAGCAGCAAGAAUGAACAAAUCACUAUAAUCACCAGUCAAAUAAACUCAAACUUUAACAUAUCUUAAUCAUCAUUUCUAAUCAUUUUUACUACCACAAGAAGCAAGAACGAGCGAAACGCCAAUGGAGCCAAACCUUUCCGACAUCUAAAACGAGCAGACCAUCAGUACUCCACAAAUUAUAUCCAGCAGCAAGAAAGAAAAAUAACAGCACCAAGCCAAACCUUUCCAUCCUAAGUCUCGACACUGAAAUAAAACUUGUACUGCAACCUUUCAUUCAUCUUAAGGACUACACAAUUAAAACUUUGAUUGUGAAGGUUCCAACGCAAGAAGUCGCAAGGACGUUUGUUUCUGAUGCGCCAUGUUUGUUUCCAACAUCGAUUGGACUGUAAUUCAAAUAUUUAUUCUUUAAAUGUGUAUACUUUUAGUAGGACAUUAAAUUUUAUACCUCAAUGAUUUUAAAUUAAAGUCAAUCAUUAUUACUUGCAGUAAUCUCGUAUGUUUAAGCGCAUCCGCUUGAUUUUGUUUCUUUGAUAAAAUGUUAAAUCGAUCAUUUUAUUAAACAUCCAUACUAUG